AUGGAUCCUCUCACGGCUCUCGGACUGGCUAGCAAUGUUGUGCAGUUUGUUCAAUUCGCGUCAAAUCUGGUCAAAAUCGCCGUAGAAGUCCGCAGGUCCUCUUCAGGAUGUACAGACGACAUCCUGACGCUAGACACGCUCUAUGGGCAGCUUAACGAUUUUAACUCCGAGCUCCUUUCUGGGCGUGAUAAUGCCAGCAGCUAUCUAAACGGACCAGGUAGCAAGUCUAAUAAGAAUAGCACCUCGCUUCGAACUUUGUCGCUUCUUUGCCAAUCGGAUUGCGAGAAACUCUUGCUCGUUGUACGCAAGCUUAAAGUACAAGAUGGGUCGCGAGGACGCUGGCAAAGCUUUCGCACUGCAUUGAAGUCAUUGUGGGAGAAGGAAGAUAUUGAAGAUUUGGAACGUCGUCUACAAAGGACUCAGAUGACAAUGACUUUUCAUAUUUGCGCUCUGGCAAGUCACGCUCAGGAGGUUAAUGCAUGUCGGCUCACGCAGCUCCAGACUGAAAGUAACAGGUUGCAAUUCGAUCAGUCAGUCAAGAUUGACCGGAUAAUGGCUGCACUGGAUGACUUUCGGCUGUGUAUACAACUGGUUCAGAAUGCAAAUCAAGAGUCACCACCCUCAGUCAAAGAGAUAGAUUCUCUUGAACAGCAUCUCUCCGGACUAUCUCUUUCCCAAAAGACCGUCGAGAAAGAGCAGGCAAUCCUGAAAAGUCUGAGCUUCGAUGCCAGACCAGUUCGACACACCUCAAUUUCAGAAGCCCAUCAGAGGACCUUCAGAUGGGCCUACGAACCGGACGAAAAUGCCCCAGCUGCGGCAACUUUCCUCCCCACAUGGCUAAAGCGAGGAAAUGGAGUGUUUUGGGUUUCUGGCAAACCUGGCUCAGGCAAGUCAACAUUUAUGAAGUUCAUCGCCGAUGAGCCAAUGACCCUCGACUUCUUAUCAGAAUGGUCGGGCUCAAAGCGAACGGUCAUUUCAAGUCACUACUUCUGGAGUGCAGGUACUGCAAUGCAAAAGUCCCAGCAUGGCCUUCUUCGCACAUUGCUCCACGGGAUUUUCAGGCAAUGCUCAGAGCUCAUAGAACCUGUUUGUGAGAGCAUGCAGUUAAGCCUGGACAAUGCGGAAGAUCUUUUACAGUGGAGCCUGUCCACUCUGAAGGAAACAUUGAGGAAGGUUGCAUGCUGGGACAAGACUCCCGUGCAGUUCUGCUUCUUUGUCGAUGGCCUGGAUGAGUACGAUGGCGACCACCCCGAACUAUGCCAGGUUCUCAAGGAUGUUGCCAAAUCACCCAACAUUAAGAUCUGUCUCUCAAGCCGACCAUGGAACGUGUUCGAGGAAGCCUUUGGCAGUGAAACACAGAACAAGCUGUAUAUCCAGGACCUGACGCGAAACGAUAUUCUCGAAUACAUCCGAAGUCGGCUAUACGAGCACCCGCGAUGGCCAGCGCUAGCUACAAGGGCAUCCCAGGGUGAUUCGUUGAUCAAAGAUAUCGAGAAACGCGCGUGUGGUGUUUUCCUCUGGGUCUUCCUUGUGACUAGACUUUUGCGAGAGGGUCUAACCAACAGAGAUAGCUUCAUGGAUAUUCGCCGGCGCCUGGAGAGCUUCCCAGAGGAGCUUGAGAUCUUCUUCCGGCAAAUCUUGGAGUCGGUUGAACCCUUUUACCACAACAAAAUGUCAACCACUAUGCAAAUAGCAAUCGCAGCAAAGGAGCCUUUGCAUGCGAUGGCCUACGGCUUCCAUGAUCAAGAAUAUGAAGAUGAAGACUACGUUUUCGGCGUCCCAGUCCUAACCUAUAAUCGCCAAGAAGAGCAAGAGCUGAGAGAAGAGACAGCAUGGCGCUUGAACAGUCGUUCACGCGGAUUACUAGAACUUAAUCCUCAGUCUGGCACUGUUACUUUUCUACACCGAACUGUCCUGGACUUUUUGAGAACCCAAGAGAUGUCAACUUUCCUCGCUGGUAAAGCACCCUCUAGGUUCAAUCUCACCUCGUCUCUUCUCAAAGUGUACACAUCAAUGAUCAAGAGAACCCACUUCGAAGAGUGUGUAGUACGCCAUGAUUUUGGGGCAUAUAAGAAUUGUUACUUGCAAUUCUUGACCACAAAUGCUCUUGCUUGCGCCGCCGAAUUAGAGGAAUCUGCCACUCCUAGCACCAUGACUUACAAGAUCUUGGAGGAUCUUGACCGCAGCCUUCUUAAUUUCAGUCACCUGAAAAACCUCAGUCGUGGACAAGUACCGGGCAGUUUUGUCCGAGAGCAGCUGAUCAAAGGACAACACAUGGGCUACCUCGCCUGGAAACUACCCGAGCAACCAGACUAUCUCUCAAGUCUAGGUCCUUCACUAAUUCCGUGCAUACUUGUCCCAGAAGGUGCGCACAGCAAACCAACCCUCGACCAAGCAUGGCAGAACCGCGGCGUCGAGAUGCUGCGCUUAGUUGUCGAAACCCAAGACAUUGACCCAAACGAGAAGCGGUUCAACACAGACCCAAGACAAAGUUGGUCUGGAUGGACUGCUUUGAUCAGUCACAUCACAUCCUGGACACGCGGCACAAACCCAAUUACAGAGGCACAGUUCUGGGAUCUACUUGGAAGCAAUAUCAUCUCCAAACUCCUCGACAAAGGGGCUGACCCCAACAUCAUGCUCUGGUGUAAUCACCUGGAAUGCUGGCCUGCCUUUGCCGCAUACCUCAACCUGGCAUUUGAGGUACCGUCGGAUACAGCUAGAGAAGCACUCUAUAUCCGGGUCCUCGGGGACUUUCUCUUUGCCGGCGCAACCAUGGAUAUAUCGCAUACCGAGUUCACAAAUCGAUCUAUUCAACAGAGGCUGGGUAAGACGGUGAAGAUUGCCUCAUCGAGCAAGAAAUUCUUCGGUCGAUUGCAGAACAUCCAUACCCUCGAUCCACUGACUUGCAAUUUUAGGCUACUGGGUGAAGUGGUGGAUAUGUUGUUAUCGACUGUGGUCAAUUCUGAGGAGACGUGGAUUAUGGCGAUAAUCAAUACUGCCGUUGAGACGGUAUUCCCGUCGGAGAUUUGUUCGCUCCUUAAGAAUAGAUAUACGGCUAUCAUGUGGGCAUAUGGGGCGGAUGGGAGAAAAAGACGAGGGAGUCCGGGAUUGGAGAGGGGCUUAAAUAAGAGGCGAGAGAGCUUCCGUGAGGCUUUUUGA